UGCAUUUACAGAUAAUCAGUGACAAGUAAAAGUGAAACUAAAGUUAGACAGGUAUAUAUAGAGCUAGAGCAUGGUGUAGUCUCAAGCGUGCACACACACAGGACACACACUCAGUCAGAAUGGUGAGAAACAGUGUGACGGUGCAGGCAGCUGCUCUCCUGCUGUUUGCUUUGCUCUUCAUCUGCUGGAACUCUGCAGGAGCCACCGACGGAGUGCCAGACUGCUGUUUAGUGACUGUGAACAAGAAAAUCCCACACAACCUGGUGAAGUCUUACUAUGUUCAGACCCAUGAGACAGGCUGCAGAGUGCUGGCUACAGUGUUCGUCACGAGGAAAGGCAAACACCUGUGCGCACCUCCCGCAACAAACAACAACUGGGUUAAAAAGCUGAUCAUUAAACUGAACAAAAAAUCAAACAAACGAAAGGAGCAGUAGAAAAGGAUCUCGGAUUAAACAAUCCCAGAUCGGAUAACACACGUCCGGUUUCAAUCAAUUCACGCCUCAACUCGGAUUAGACCGAUCUGAACAGCUGAAACCGCUGCCAGGAAUGAAUAAGCUUAAUGAAAUGUAUAUCUGUUGAUGUGUGAAAACAAACCCACCACCCAAAUGCUGCGAAUGUAUUUUAAAAUAUUUCUAAUAUUGUUUUCCAUCUUUAUGCUUUUUAUGAUAUUUAUACCUGGUCUUUAUGAUAUCAAUUGUCUUUCGGAUCAUUGAGCAGAUGCGGUUUUGUGUCACAUUAUAACAUGCCACUGAUUUGUGUUUGUAUUUGUUUAUAAAAUGCUGUUUUCUGUUAACACAUUUUUUAUUUUUUUGUUUACAAUAAAAAUCUGUGAACAUUA